UACUAUAGGUGGUAUUGGACAGGCGGCCGACUACACUAUCGAAAUGGAAAGGCGAAUGACCCCCUGACUGAGCGAAUGUAAAACGUACGAUGUUACGAUACGACAUCGAAACAAAAAAAAAUCAUCUAUCCAAAGAUUCCUCAAUGAAUAUCGAUGGAAACACGCAGAUACUUGCACGAUUUUCUGCUGAUAAGAAAUUGAAAAAUUUUUAAGAAAUGUAGCAGCGUAGAUAAAAGAAAAUUGAAAUUUGAUGAAAUUAAUUAAUUAGAUGAAACGAAACUAUUCUGAAUAAAAUGUCCCUCUUUCCCUUCCGAUUGAGAAGUUGAAUUUGAUCCAUACUAAAGAAUGGCUGAUACUGUCGAAACCAUACAUCUGGACCAAAUGGAAACAAAAUCUUCCCAGCAUAUCAACGAUCUACGACUGGAAAACUUGUUUUGCGAUGUGUGUUUUAACGUCAACGGUACCAUUAUGCCUUGUCACCGGUUGGUUUUGGCUGCGGCAUCUCCUUACUUCAAGACUAUGUUUAAUGGGAAUUUUAAAGAAAGUAAUUCCGGAACUAUUACCAUCAACGAUAUUGAAACUGAAACAUUCGAAGAAAUUCUCAACGCUGUGUACACAGCCAACAUUCGUCUCCAUCCCAGUAACGCGUAUUUCAUCUUGAGAUCCAGUCACUUAUUACAGCUGGAAAUUAUAGAAGACGCGUGUGUUUCUUAUAUCAUAAAGAAUCCUAAAAUCAACUAUUUGAUUGAUGCCUGUGUAUUCGCUCGAAAUAUCAACAAAGAUGAAUUAUUUUUCACUUGUGUACAGUCGAUCGUCGCUAACGUUGUCGAAUAUGCAAAGACAGAUUCUUUCGAAAACAUUCCAAUCGAUGUUCUACAAAAUAUUUUAAGCAGACUUGAUAUUAAAGAGAACGAAGAAGAAUCAAUCAUUUUGUUGAUAAUGAAAUGGGUCAAAGAGAAUAAAACUAGCCGUAAAGAUACACGAAUGCUUCUACAUACGACUUCUUUGAAAACUACCAAGUUAAUGAAUUCGUCAGUGAUGUGUGAAUUAUUAAUUACCUGCGACGAUAAACGUAUAAAUGCGGACAAUAAACACACUCCAGAAUUGGAUUGCAAAUGCUAUGAUGCUAGUUUACCCUUGAAUUUGUAUUUGAACGUUAUCAACGUGAAAACUGGCCAACUUGGAUGGAGCGUUUUAAAAAUGAGCGGUGAUUUCAAUAAAUACGUUUUAUCGCCGUUCUAUCCAACUAACUCUUGUCGCAAAAAAGUCUGUAGAGUUGGAACGAAACUAUAUUGCUUUGAAUAUUUCGAAUAUAUGGGAUGCAGAAACGUUUUCUCAUAUUUCGACGAAGACGGCGUUAGAAUUUUCCUCUCAACGCCCCCGGACGUUUUGAUCACUCAAUUUGAAAUCGCAGCUAUGGGAACGUCGAUAUUUCUUAUGGUGAAAACUCGCUUCUUCUCGAUUUGGCUGUACGAGUGUGAGCGGGAUACUUGGCAAAAUAUAUUGCCGAGAAAGAAACACGAAAACAUUUACUGUAACGUAAUUGCGUGUACUUUUUCCGAUGGCAUUUUUUAUGUCGUUGCCCGGAGAAAUAAGGCCACCAAGAACGUUAUAUUUGGUUCGCAGUAUUAUAUAUUUUCAAUCACUUGCCGAGCUUUGAUUGUUAGAUUGUUGGCAAAAAUACCAGCGAGAUCGUAUGAAUGCUCAUUCAUACAUGUAUACGAUGAUAAAAUAGCAAUUUCUGGGGCCAAUCAUUCGAACGAUAUUCACGACAAGUUUUUGAUUUUUGACCUUUUGGAAAGCCAAUGGUUGGCUGGUUUGAAAGAAAUGAACGAAGGUCGAGUGAAUUUUCGCUUAUUUCAUUACAAUAGCUGCGUGUACGCGGUGGAAAAUGGUCGAGCUAUGAUUAAGAAUGAAAAAUAUGAUUGCUCUUCGAACAAAUGGGUUGAUUUACCACAUCUGCCAAAACGAAUUACAGUUUCUGAUAUGAAUGAUGUAGUGGCUACCGGAGAAGUGUUUGGUGUUGAGGUAAAUCCGUAAUGAUGAAUGAACGCUGUAUUUUUGUUUUUUAAAAUUAAUUCAUUAAUUAAUUUGUUCUGUUUUUAUUGUGAAACAAUGUUCAUUGUUUUGCGUUGUUGAUUCCUAGACUGUAUCUUAGCUUUUUGAUACUAUGCUUUUUAUAUAUUUUUAAUUUCUUGUGCUAUGUUUGUAAGCACCUACCCUUGUAUUCUCAGGAAUUUUCGAUACGUCGCAAUUCUGUUUUUGAAGUUUAAUAUAUUUUUUUAAAAUAA